AUGAGCCUCGCCACGCCUCGCCCCUCCUCGCCCCCGUCCCCCCUCACCCACACCCAUCUCCUCGAGCCCACGCCCGCCGCCUACUUAGUACCCUCGAUUCUCUACACCGUUGAUGUUGACAUUCACGCUCCUGCCUUCGAGUCCAUGUGCGCACGCAUGUCUUCCUCUCCACGCUACACAUCUGCACCACUCAGUACCCUUCCGCUUAUCGCCUCCAGCCCACGCUCUGCGUCGACAAGGAGGGUGAGGCAGCAGAGAGAUGAGCUAGGAAGACGAAGGCAGAGCAUUAUCAAGUCAAUCCCACCUCUGAUGCGUGCAUAUGCGACCCCUCAAUGCCACGCACCCGCCUUUGCCUGCAAUCCACAUCCACCCACAUGCGUCCUGUCGAUCCCACACCCGUCUCCUCUAGCACACACCCGCCUGCCGCCAAGUGCCUUUAACCCCCUCGACCACUUGGGCCCAUGCAUUUAUCUUCGCCUGCGACCAACAUCUGCGUCCACACAUCUCUUCCAGCCCCUCAUGCACGCACAAUCUCUCGGCCCCUCCUCUUGUCGACCCUCAUUCACUCCUCCAUCGUCCUACCUCAUCGCCGAGGCCUCACACUCCACCCCGUGCACGCUCGACCUCUCUUUUGUCAACCAUCCCGCUCUUGAUCAAGUCUAA